ACUGGUAUUUUGCCUGUAUAUACUCUCUGAGCCAUCUCUCUAGCAGUGACCGCGUGUGGGUGAGUCGGUGGGUGAGUUUGCCUGAGUGCAUGUAUGUACACCACAUACAUAUAGGGACUGCCGGGACCCGAAGGGGGCGUUAGAGCCUCUAAACUGCUGUUAGCAGUUGUGAGCCGCCAGAUGAACCGUGGUCCUCCCCGCGAGGGCAGCCAAUGCUAUUAACUGCAGAACCGUCGCUCUAGCUUCAGACGCCGCAUUUGUGAACGCAGUUUGCCCUGUGGCCACUCAGGAUCGGGGAUGAGGGCAGGACUCCGCCGGGUGCCCCCUUCCGGGGAAAGGCCGAGAGAGAGCGUACCGGCCCGACCUUUGAGGUGACGGUGGCAGCAAACUUGCUUAAAGCAGCUCCUAGGGCGGGCGGACCUCAGCUAGGCCGGGGCCUUCCCGGAGGAGCAUGCCGGGUCCGCGUCAUCCCCGCCGCACUCCAUAGUGACCGGAGCGUCCCCGAGUCUGUCCGCGGAGUCCUCACAGGAUUACCUCAGCGGAACCCGGCAGCCGGAGCCGAUACCCGCGCCCCUCCAAACCUUGUCAAACAUUCGCGCGCCACCCAGACCCGCGCGCCGGAAGUGACGUUAGCGUAACGCGCACUCCCGCCGUGCCUUUGCCGCCGUUCUGUGGCGGGAACAGCGGCUCAAGAGGGACUGUGGCGACUGAAAAGAAACCAUGCAGGCAUUUCUAAAAGGCACAUCUGCCGGUUCUAAACCACAGUUCACCAAGGACCGGGCAGUAUCUGCCACUGCAGGAAGCAGUGGAGAAACCAAGAAAGUCAAACCAGUUCCUUGGGUGGAAAAAUAUCGUCCAAAGUGUGUGGAUGAAGUUGCUUUCCAGGAAGAAGUGGUUGCAGUACUUAAAAAGUCUUUAGAAGGAGCUGAUCUUCCUAAUCUCUUAUUCUAUGGGCCACCCGGAACUGGCAAAACAUCCACAAUUUUGGCAGCAGCUAGAGAACUCUUUGGGCCUGAACUCUUUCGACAAAGGGUUCUUGAGCUAAAUGCAUCUGAUGAACGUGGAAUACAAGUAGUCCGUGAGAAAGUGAAGAAUUUUGCUCAGUUAACUGUGUCAGGAAGUCGUUCGGAUGGGAAGCCAUGUCCUCCCUUUAAGAUUAUAAUUCUGGAUGAAGCAGAUUCUAUGACCUCAGCUGCUCAAGCAGCUUUAAGACGUACCAUGGAAAAAGAGUCUAAAACAACCAGAUUCUGCCUCAUCUGUAACUAUGUCAGUCGAAUAAUUGAACCCCUCACUUCUAGAUGUUCAAAGUUCCGCUUCAAGCCUCUGUCAGAUAAAAUUCAGCAGGAGCGACUACUGGAUAUCGCUGAGAAGGAAAAUGUCAAAAUCAGCAAUGAGGGAAUAGCUUAUCUUGUUAAAAUAUCAGAAGGAGAUCUACGGAAAGCCAUUACAUUUCUUCAAAGUGCUACUCGACUAACAGGUGGAAAGGAAGUCAUGGAAGACAUCAUCACAGACAUUGCUGGCGUAAUACCAGCUCCAACCAUUAGUGGAGUGUUCACUGCAUGUCACAGUGGCUCUUUUGACAAACUAGAAGCUGUGGUAAAGGACCUAAUUGAUGAAGGGCACGCAGCUAUUGAGCUUGUUAAUCAACUUCAUGAUGCAGUUGUAGAAGAUGAAGAGCUUUCUGAUAAACAGAAGUCCAUUAUUACAGAAAAACUUGCUGAAGUGGAUAAAUGUCUGGCAGAUGGUGCAGAUGAACACCUUCAGUUGAUGAGCCUCUGUGCAACUGUGAUGCAGCAACUAACUCAGAACUGUUGAAGACCAACUUGUAUGAUCUUUUUAGCUAAUAAAUAAAAGACAAAAAACCUAUAAA